AUGUUUGGCGUGUCGAACUGGCUCAUCGCAGCCACCGUGGCUCUGGCCACGGCCAUCUACUGGAUCUUCAAGGCUUGCUACAUGCGCCUCAGGUUUAGAGGUCUCCCUCAACCGCCAAAGCACUCAUGGAUCUGGGGUCACACACCGAUCUGGGAGGAGGUCACAGCCAAACUUCCGGCGUUCACGCAUCCCCAAAAUGUCUACACUCUCAUCAACCAGACAUACAACCUCGGUGGCAUCUACUACGUUGACAUGUGGCCCUUCUACGAUUCGCAGAUGGUCAUCACAGACCCCGACGCGGCGCAGCUCGUCCUGACGACGAACCCGUACCCGAAGCACCCGAGUAUUGAGAGGUUCCUCCGUCCCUUCACCGGAAAGGACAGUAUCGCCGCCUCCAACGGCGAGAGGUGGAAGUACAACCACCGCAUGGUCGGCUCCGGCUUCACGCCGACUUACGUGAAGCCCAUGUCCGGUAUGAUUUCGGAGCAGGUGCUCAUCUUCCACGAGCGUCUCCGUGCCUUCGCCGAGAAGGACGAGGCGUUCAACAUGGAAGAGGAAGCCGCGAAGACCAUCUUCGACGUCAUCGGAAAGGUCGUCUUCGGAUUCUCUCUGGAGGCGCAAAGGACCGGGUCUCCUCUGUUGGAGGACUUGAGAGCAUCGAUCAACCCCGCUACGACUUUCAUUAGCACGCGUAACCCCUGGAAGAAGCGCAAGGCCGAGCAGGGUCUGCAGGCUCUCAAGGACCGUGUCAGGAAGACUUUGGCUGAUGAGAUGCAUGAGCGGUUGAGGAUCUUGCAGGAUGAGAAGGAACUUCCCAGCAGAAGACAGGUUAAGAGUGUUCUGGACCGCAUCGUUCUCGACAGAAUCCAAAGUGGACCUGGCGCGACUCUUGAUGAUGACUUCAUUGACACCGCUGUCACCAACCUCAAGGCUCUGCUUCUCGGCGGACACGGCACCACGACCGACACCUUCACCUGGGUCACCAUGUUUCUUUCCAUCUACCCCGACAUCGUCGAGCGCAUGCGCAAGGAACACGACGAGCACUUCGACGCCGACCUCGACAAGACGGUCGAGAUGCUCGUCGCGAACCCGAACAAGACCAACGACAUGGAAUUCACAAACGCCGUCAUCAAGGAGACCCUCCGCUUCUUCCCGAUCGGCUUCACGAUCCGCCAGGCGCCCAAGGGCGUCACCCACCUCGACUGGAACGGCCGCCGCUGGCCCGUCAAGAACUUCAUGGUCAUCCCCUGCGCGCACUCGACGCACCUGGACCCCAAGGUCUGGGGCGAGGACUCCAAGAGCUUCAGGCCCGACCGCUUCCUCGGAGAGGAGGCCAAGGAGCAGCACCGUUUUGCCUGGAGGCCUUUCGAGCGCGGACCCCGCGCGUGUAUUGCGCAGGACCUGGCUAUGGACGAGCUGCGUAUCAUGUUGCUCUUGACCGUUAGGUGGUUCGACUUUGAGACGAUUGUCAACGGCACUACGCAGAGAGUCCCGUACAUGGACAUUGAUGAGAAGGUUGGCGAUUUGGCGUUCCAGAUGGUUGGUAUGGAGGCGCGGCCGAGACAUGACAUGAAGAUGAAGGUUAAGCUGCGUGAGAGAAAGUAA